UUUGCGAUCUGGCGAAUAGUCGGCAACACCAUGGUGCGAAGUGAGGCAGCAGUGAGCGAAUAUUUCCAGAUCCGCAAGUUGUUGUGGGACGAGCUCAAGCUCAACGUGCGCCCGUUAGAGGAAGAAGAACUGCGAAGUGCUGUUGGAAGUCCCCUUAUUGAAGGAAACGAGGAAUUACGCCAGGAAUUAGCGGUGCUAGUCGAGAUUUUGACCGAAUUCCAGCAACAAAACGACGACAUUCGGGAUGCGCUGGCAAAACGACCGCACAUUCCGGAGCCUCCAGGUCGUCCUCUCUUGAUCGAGAAGCUGAAAUUAUUAGCUGCAGAUAUGCUUGAUCACGCGCGUAUUACCACUAUCCAGUCUUCAAAAGAAGCGGAGGUUCUAGACUAUGUGCUAUCAACUACCGAUACGUCUAAUCCCUACAAUUAUCGAGCUCCGGUGACGCCAAAAAUGGAGAAUGUUUCGUCUAGACCGCUUUCAGGCGGCCGAGCAGACGGGAUUGCACUUCGACCAGGCACAGCAAACAGUAGACGUCCUGUGACUUGCAACUCUCAGCGAUCAGUAUCCAGAGGCUCCACAAUUUCUGUCUCGUCGACUACUGUUAUGUUUGACAGCCCAGAGAUGCACCGACGUUUAAACCUCGAUGAAAUCGACGGGAUUAAAGAAGAUCUACAGGGGGCGUUAAAUGAGGAGCGACUACUGCUACUGGAAGACAUUGAUUUUAUCCAGGGCUGCUUGGAAAUGGAAAAGGAUCUCAUCGAUGACGACCGACGGAAAGUUGCUGUUGCCAAGCCACCGCCUUCACUUAGUGACUUGCAUGAACUUCGAAAGACAUUAGAAAAAACACUGGAAGACCAGGUAGAGCAUUUCAACGGCCGAAGCUGGAGAGCAUGACUAACACACUCUGCUUUACAGAAAGUUUUCGAGCAAAUGGAGAGUAUACUUAACAAAGCAAACAGCUCUAGUUCGUCUCUUCGGAAUCGAAGGCUCGCCCCCGUACACCCGUCAGAUCUCCCGUCGUAUACGACUUCAUCGAGAUCUGAACCUUCAGUAAGUGCACGUCGUCCAGUCAUUUUCUCCCGGUCAUCCUCCUUAUCACGAAGUGGGUCAGCAACACGAGUUCUUAAGAUUCGACACCUUGUACAAGAGUCUCGAGACGAACCUUAUUUAUCCUAGUAGCCCGUUUUGCGUGAAUAUCAUAGCUAUUUAUCUUACGUAGUUUGCCCUUUUAUAAUAUUCUCGGUGCUGGGAUGGACG